AUGGCCGAAAUGCGCGAAGCGCUGGCGGCAAUGAAAGCGAGCUUGGACGCUGCGAAUGGUCAGGUUCGCCAGUUACAGGCGGAGAAGGAAGAUCGCGAGGCGGCGGCGGCGGGGGCGGCGGCGGCUGGUGAGCCGCCAUCGACCGGGGGCGGGCAAACACCGGCCGGAGACUCGCUGCCGGCCGAGAGUGCGACGCCGGCCGCAUACCUGGACCUGACGCGCUCGGCACCGCCCAUGUCCAUGGUGCACGUACAGAACGCUCGGGCCAAGGAAUCCUUAGCGGCAUGGCACAACCUCUCCAUAAUGAAAGUAUGGAUGCUGAUGGGCGAACGGCCCACGGUCGCAAACCUCAAGCUCAUCGACAUGCAGUCGUUGAUGCAGGAUGCGGUGCGGGUGACCGCGGGGGUGCUCGAGCAGCUCAAUGCUAUGUCGGGUUUUCGCGUACGGAUGUACAUCGCGGAGAGUGACGAUCCGAACCUUACCAGCACCAACCUGGUGGAACACAUGGAGACGCUGGUGUACGCCAUCAUGAAAGUCCUGAAGGUUGGGAUCGGGUCGGAGGACGGGCAAACGCGCCUAGAGCUACUUCGUCAGCAGCUUCAGGAAGGCGUUGAGAUGGUCCGCGCCCACUGUCGCCAACACCGUUCGAAGAUGCACGAUGCUGCCACAUUUAAAGUGAUGGCGGACAUGGUCGACGAGGACUUAGGAAACUGGACGUCGACGUGGUUUACCAGGGCUCUGGCGUUUAGAAAGCAAUACCCGACACCGCCGCACAUCGAGUCCAUGCCACCGGUGGUGGGGCCUCAGUGGAACGUCACCGGCAAUUUCAUCGCUUCUGGAGGACUGCGCAACAUCGUCAUCCGCAGCCACCAUUCGCUCAUGUCUCCCACCAAGCGUCCCCGCCCGGGGAAUUCUGGCGACCGUCGGUGUUUCAUGGAGGAUAGACCGGGGGGAUGUACACGCCGGAACUGGGCGGGGGAGAGCCGGGUGGAGCUGCUGGCGGCGAAGGACGUCGCGGUGGCCGCGGGGGCGGAAGCGGCGAAAGCGGCGGCCGCGGCGGAGGGGGCCGAGGCAGCGGCGGCGGUGCUACCCGCCGUGGCGGAGCAUCUUCUAGCCCAUAGGGGUGCGGUUGAGAGGUUGCGGGCGUGCGAGGUAGCCUUGCACGAAUUGUCCCACGCCACAGACUCUCAAUCCACCCGGGCAGCAAUUGAUACGGUUGCAGCAAAGAGCAUGAGAUUUUUGGAAACACAUGAUGGCCGGUUUGAGUGCAUGCUUGAAACUCUGCGAACGCUUCCCAUCCCGCGAGUAGACGUAGAGGACGUCCGGCAUUGGUUCGGAAAGGUGAAGGCGUUCCCACACAUUGAUCUGUUGGUGAAAAUAAUCAGUGAGGGAGCUCCGGUGGCAGUGACCGGGGCCGGGGAUUUACGGGCCGCGAUCGAGUACGGGAACCACAAUUCAGUGCAGGGUUUUUCGCCGGAAAUAGUGUCCAAAAUUCGGGAGGAUGUGCUGACGGGGCGGGCGUUUGUGUUUCCUCGGGAGGCGGCCGCGCAAAUCGUGGGCACUCGCGUGUCGCCAAUGACGGUGGCAGUUUCCACAUCAAAAGUGUCUGUUGACGUAAAGGAGUCCCCCAAGUUCAGCUACGUAUUCGAGGAUCUCGUAAUUGUAGACCGAUGUCUCCAGUUUGGGUGGACCAGCUCCCCGGCCCUGUGGGGCGUGUGUGCUUCUGCCGUAGAACACGCGCACAACAACACGACUGUCACGUCGGCCGUGAUCACUUCGGAAGGUCGGGACGCCACUAGUCAUGUUUGCGUAGAGCCGCGGCGAGAGAACGAAGUGCGCGGGAGGUUGCCGCCAGAGUACGUGUUUCCUCGGGAUUCUGGGGGGAUGAUCCGAAACAACUUCUGGGUGCGCACCUACGUAGACGACGCGUUAUUCGUAGAGCUUGAGAGUUUCUUGGAGGGGAGGCGAUGCCUGCGCGCGACGCGCUCCUUUGCGUCUGAUAGCUUUCGAUUGUUCGGUACCCGCAAUUCGGGAGAGCCUCCCCUGUUUGCUAGGGAGAAAACCACGUCGUGGGAUACGCGCAUGGAAAUGCUAGGAUGGGUGAUAGAUACUGUGGCGUUGACGAUCUCGGUGUCGCAAGAGAAGGUUGCGAAAUUGCGGGCGAUGUUGGCGGAGUGGCCGGUAGAGAGAAGGGUAGCCACUGUGACGGAGGUGCGGUCGCUCUUGGGCAAGCUGCUGCACUUAUGCGAAGUAGUGAGACCGGGAAAGUUUUUCGUACGCCGCAUUUUGAACCAGUUGGGGUUACCACCGAUGAAAGCAGGGGGAGAUGCGGGUACCGGCGUUAUGGUAGGAGGAAAACACCGACGCGGACGCGUUCGGCUGGGCCGCGAGUUCCACGAAGACUUGGCCUUUUGGAGGAAAGUCAUGGCCAUGGCCACAGGGCCGGACGGUAUCGUGAAGUUAGAGGCGCCCUUGCUCUGCUCCUUUUUACAGGCGCCGUCUCGAACGCUUGUUAGCGAUGCUAGUGGGGACGGCAUGGGCGGAUUUUGCUUAGAGUCUGGUCAGUGGUGGCGGAUUGAUUUUACGGAUGAUAUUCGGGCGCGCCUUCGCAACCGGGUAUUUUCUCGAGACGAUUUGUCGAUGAACGUGUUUGAGCUGCUGGGCAUGGUAGUCACGGCAUGGGCGUUGACAGUGCAGGCUGGGGUUAAGCCAGAGUACCCGGGGCAGAGCAUCUUGAUGAGAGGAGAUAACAUGAGUGCUGUCCACUGGGUGAACAAGUGUCGGGGAGCAAAGGAACCCAGGUCGGGUACAUUGAUGCGGAUGCUCGGGUGUUUGGAAAUGAGGAGCGAGUGGCGUUUUAGGGCGAAGCACAUCAAGGGCGUGGCCAACACGUUGGCUGAUGGUAUCUCGCGAUGGAAGCACGACGAAAUCGCCUCUAACUUGCACUCGUAUCGGCCCGACAUCCGUUGGCAGGAGCAGCAUCUAGGACAGGAAGCGUUGGACAUCACUUUCGCGGUCUUGGCAUCAAGCUCAUCGGAGGAUCAGUUGCGAACUCGUCUCAACGAUGUUACGCGUCAGGUUUCCGGUCUUGGUGCGUCUUUCGUAGCAUGAUGGGGCUGGAGAAAUUCUUUCGAAGUGAUGCUUCCCCCAGAUAUAUGGUGUGGGCUUUGAUCGACUUUGCUGCUUGGUGUUUCGAGUCCGAAGGAAACUUAGCGCGUACCAUUUCAGGAAAACUUGCGGCAGUACAAUACUACCACAGGGUAGAGGCACAAGUGGAGAUCGUUACGUCCUCCCCGGUGAUUAAGUGUGCGUUGAAGGGCAUCGCUAGGUCUCACGUAGAAGCGGGCACGGGCCAACGAGUGCGCCUCCCUGUCACGUGGAGGAUGUUGUUGGAUGGUGAGAGCUUGAUUCCAGCGUGGGGAACCGGGGGACGGGUGUUGUGGCUGUGUUUAAGCCUCAGCUAUUUUUUGCUGACCCGAUCAGACGAGAUGUUUGCAGGUAGCUCAGGGGUAGCCCAUCCUGUACACUGUCUCACGAGAAAGGAUGUUGCGUUCUUCUCCGGGGAAACCCAGCUGGAGUUCGUUCACUGGCGGCAAGCAGAUAAGAUGGAGGUACAUUUCAGGGGACACAAGGGAGAUCAGGACCAGAAUGGAGAAGUAAGGGCUCGUACACGAGACGAGACUAGUGGCACGCAGUCGGGGUACCGAGCCAACGGGGGAGCCGUGGCUCUGAUGGUGGAAUUGAUGUCUUGUCAUGCGACGCUGCCCGACGACGCGCCACUAUCCUCGUACCGUAGCGGUCGUAAAGUCAAAGUGUUGAGGUACGGCGAGGCUUUGAGGGCAUUCAGAGAGGUAGUCAAGAAGUCAGGGCGUGAACCAAAAGACUUUGCAUUGCACUCCCUUCGGAUUGGGGGGGCCUCCACCCUGGCGGCUGGGGGGGAGGUUUCGGAACGAGUAAUCCAGAGGGCGGGCAGGUGGAAGUCAGACGCGUACAAGCCAUACACAGUAAACAAUGUGGAAGAUUCGCGACGGGUGUCCCGUAUUCUAGGCGAUAAGGAAAAGGGAGUGGCGAGGCAGCCGGGGGAGAACACGGUGUGGGGUAGCGGGAAAAGGAGACGGUGUUCCACUGUAGUGAGAUUCUCAUGACGACCUCGGAUUGGGUAGAGUAAAUGGUAGAGUACCAUUUGGGAACUUGGUCGUCUGAGAUGUUCCGUACAGUAGGAAGAGUUCCCCACACCGGUGGAAUGAGAAACCCCGGGCUGUUUUCUUUGGGAAGAGAGAGAGACAGUAGAAUGAAUGGACAGAGACACGGUAGGACAGGCGCAGAGGGCGUCUACAGGAAUCGUGUUCUGUCGGCGUGGUUUCUCUCUCUUCCCCGCGUGUGAAGAGAAAACAUUAAUGCAAAAAGGCAAUUCGAAAGAAAAACAAUAAAUAGCAAGUUUGGUGAGGCAGAUAUAGCCGAUGUAGACUACUGUUUAUUGAAACGGUCGAAUUUGCCAGAGGCGUUAUUGUUCCUGUAUUUCGGGGUAUCAGGUUGAGAAGAGUCCUUUUGGGAUGGUCACUUUAUCGGAGAGUUCACGUGCAGGAGAAGGCUCGCUGGACAGCGUGGAAUAGCAGAUUUAUACAACAGCAGUACGUGAACUCAGAGAGGGAUAGCAAGGAUUGGCCAGAUUGGGAGGCCAAGAAGUUGCGUUCUUCGUUUUCUCUCUGCGAGCGGGGGCUUGGACGGAGCCCGGGCACGCGCGCGUUUCAUCCUUCCAGACGUCAUCAACGGGGGCAGAGGCAGGGCGAACUCACCGGUACGGUCAUGAUGUUUGUUGAGGGAGCGAUAGGCGGGGUAUGACAAAGCCCUGCUAAGAUGAUGGCUCACGACUAAUGAU